AUGGACCUGUUGCAUCCCAGAAACAAAAGAAUGACUUUCAAUAAGGAGGAUACGGAUUACACAUUAUAUUUAGUGACUAAUAAUGAAUUGAUUCCAAGCGGUCUGGAUAUAUAUGGACAAGUUGAGAAGUCACUACAAAAUGGUGUUACUUUGGUUCAAUUGCGGGAAAAAGAAUUGGAUACAGGUGCCUUUAUAGCCAGGGCUAGAAAGAUUCAUGAAUUAUGUGAGCGAUACAAUGUUCCUUUGAUAAUUAAUGACAGAGUAGAUGUUGCCUUAGCAGUUGAUGCCGAAGGGGUACAUGUUGGUCAAGAUGAUAUGGAUCCUGCCUUGGUUAGGAAAAUGAUUGGUCCACAAAAGAUUAUUGGGCUCUCUAUAAGAAACGAGGAAGAAAUGUGGGAAUUGUUAAAGAGCGGUGCAGAUGUUGAUUAUAUUGGAAUUGGUGCGGUCUAUUCAACAAAAACGAAAAAGGUUAAUAAACCUCAACAGGGUCCAAAUGGUGUUAAACGUAUUCUACAACUGAUCAGUGAAAACAGACCCAGUUUGAAGAGUGUUAUUAUCGGAGGUUUAAACAAAUAUAAUAUUACAUGGGCCUUGAGAGAAAGCCAAUUUGGGAAUAAAACUACGGAUGGUGUUGCCGUUGUUUCAUGUAUUAUGGCGCAGCAUGAUGCUGGUAGAGAAACUCUUGAAACUUUGGAUAGCAUAUUGGUAGGGUUUCAGCGUUCUAAUGAACAUGUAACAAAGAAAGUAAACAACUCUGAUUCAUCAGUUGUCCACUUCAUUACGAACUCUGUAGCACAGCAAUUCUCAGCCAAUACUUGUAUUGCAGUUGGUGGCUCUCCCAUAAUGUCCGAAAAUUUGAAUGAAUUUGACGACUUUACUAAGAUUCCAAACAUUUGCCUAGUGCUAAACACUGGAACUCCCAAACUCGAAUCUCUCACCAUUUAUCAGAACGCUUUAAAGGCUUAUAAUGCAAAUAUGAGGCCAGUGAUUUUUGAUCCGGUUGGAUGCGGGGCAACAGAGAUGAGACGUGAAUUGAUGAGAAGUUUACUCAGCUUCGGUCAUUUUACAGUAAUUAAAGGUAAUUUGGGUGAAAUCGCAACAUUGGCAGGUAUUAAUGGCGAAAACAUGAGAGGGGUCGAUUCGACUUUAGAUUUAGAUAUCAGAUCAGCAGUUGAUAAAUUCUCUAAAGUUGCAAUUGAUCUCAAGUGCGUUCUUGUAAUUACAGGUAAAACGGAUAUUGUUAUUAACGGUAUUCUGCCAAAGGAGAAGAUCGAGUAUUGCUAUGUUGACGGUGGUGAUCCAUUGAUGGCAAACAUUACUGCCUCUGGUUGUGCAUUGGGCGGUGUAAUUGCUAGACAUGUUGCUUGUGUACCAUAUAUUGACACCUUUGCAGCAACAGUUAUGGCCGUAUCAACUUACAAAGAAGCCGCUUAUCGUGCAGGUCUUAAAAGUAAGGGACCAGGAACAUUUUUAGCUAAUUUUGUCGAUGAGCUUUAUUCUGUUUCCACAUCACGGAAUCUGGAGAAUACGCAUGUAACUUACAUGUGA